AUGGAGGUGAUCUUCCUCCAUGGUUGGGGUUUAGGUGGCGCGCAAGAAACGGAAGCUUUCGUUGAAUUCCUAAAGGUGGAGCUUGGGAAAAAGGGCGUCUUGACGGUCCAUGCCCCCACAUACCAUCCAAGUGGAGAUGAGAAGAGGACCUCCCUUCCAAGGUUUUUGGAGGAGUUGCGGGUGCUGGCGCAGUCCAUCGCUACAAGAAAGUUGCAACUGGCGAUUGUGGGCUUCUCCGUGGGUGGCUUCUUAGCAGCCACCUUCCAGGAGCUGUAUCCCGACCUCGUGGCAAGAGUGGUGUUGCUGGGACCGGCCAUUGACAACUUUGCUCGGAACUUCGAGGGCAGGCCUAUAGAGCAGUGGUACAUGCCCGAGUCCUAUGUGAAGGAACUCAGCAAUCUGUCUGCGCGACCUGCCAUCCGGGUGCCUGUUAUGCUGAUACAUGGGGACGAGGAGACGGAUGCCGGGGGCAGCGCCAUGUGGCGAGUGAAGGAGUGGGCUGCAAGAGAGAAGUUUGACAUGUGCUUCUACCCCGAAGGUCUGGGCCACUGCAUGGAGGUUGCGGAUGCUAUUCCAGGUGGGCGCGGUGGACUGAUCGACUGGCUGGUGAGUGGAGCAGCGCCGAUCGGGACUGGGAGCAACGCAGCCUGA